AUGUUUGAAAAAGGCGAGUAUGAUAUUGAAAAUGACACCAAUUUGUACAACCCCCAGCGCCCACGCCCUCGCUGCCUUCAGAGGUGGGCUCCCCACACCCCACCGAGGCGGGCAGUUCCAGUCCGUCUCCUUCCCGCACGUGCUGCCGCCGCCACCACCACCACACCCGCCCGUUGCGCGGUCCCCCAGCGGGGCGCUCGCCAACGCGCACCACGCAGACCUGAGCCUGGCGUCGCCCUGCGAUUCUGGGCCCCGCGAGGUCACGCCCAUGGCGCCAGCACCUGCGACCCCGCAGCGACAAGGCCAGGAGCGCGGGUGCCAGGAGCUGGGUGUCUCGACGGUCGAGGAGACGUCGCCCACGUCCGUCAGCGAGCCCCUGCCCGCCCUGUCCGACUCAGGCCCCCUGCCUGCCGCCCCCGGCACUGCGGCCUCGGCCUCGGGAGGCUUCCGAGUCCCUCCCACUGGCCCGCUGACGACCUCCUCAAGUACCCCCAUCCCCGCCCCUGCUGCCCAGACCCCCAGCAUCUGCCUGGUGGACCCCCGAGAUGCUGGGGGGGACCCCCGCCCCACACCCAACAGACCCGGCUAACCGAGGGCCUCUGCAGUACCCAGAAGUCCCUGGCCCGCUUCCAGCCCCUUACUGCCGCCGCCAAAACCAAGGGGCUGGCCGGUGGCACCCCCCGUCGGCCACUCAGCCCGCGGAACAAGCCCUGUGACAACGAAAGUCCGGCACCCCUGUCCAGAAAGUCCUCAGUCCCCAAGACGGCCCCUCGCGGCCCAUCCGGUCAGCCUGCAGCCGGCAAGGUGCGGCCUCGCGCGGGGUCCCUGGUCCACCUCGACCUGACCUGCGUGCCCAGCGGGAGCCGCGCCCUCCUGCUAGACGAGGAGCUCUUCCCGCGGGUAUGCGCGCUCGGCUCCGUGGUCAGCGGCCACGAGCCCCGCGAGGAAGAGGGCAUGCGCGGGCGUCCUGGACGGCUGCUGGCCCCCAAGCAGCGGUGGGACCCCGACCUCCAGGUGACUCGUUUUUAUUUUAACAUUAUAGUACUAGGCAUAAUAGAGCCCAUGGCCUAGUGGAAAAGAGAUUAUUAUGAGAUCUGAGAGUCAGUGAAUAAACGCAU